GUCAACAUACGGGCUAUGUCAGGAUUCAAGGAUGAGAUGCAUGGCAGACAGGUGGGACCACAAGCAGUCGAUUGCUCUAAUAAUAUAAUGUCAGAUAGAAGUUCUGAUUAUCAUAAAAUAUGCAGAAAAUUGGUUGAAUAUGUUUCUUUUUAAGAGCUUCUACUGCUAUUUAGAUGACUACGUGUUGAUGUUGCAAGUCCUUCCAUUAUAUGUAGAUGGACAUAAUGAGGCAGAAUUUGGAAUGUCAUGGUCUGCUGGAUUUGGGGGAUCUUUCUACAAUGCCUAUUUUGAGGUCAUGCCCAAGCAACCAGGCUUUGAGAAGAGGAGAGAUCUUUAUAUGCUAUACCAUUACUUGAAUCACUACAAUCUAUUUGGUUCUGGCUAUCGUUCAUCUGCCACGUCCAUAAUUGACAAUUAUCUGCGGAUGUGGAAAAUAUAUGUACAUUUCUUGUAUAGUUGUAUAUUUGCUACUUCUAGAUUUUCAAGCGUCUCUUCAUGUUGUAUAUUUGCUACUUUCAUUUCAUGUUCUUUGUUUUUGUGCUUUUUGGGUGGAUUUCUUAUCCGCCAUUUUCUGUAA